UCAAACUCAAUUCACAGAUAGCAUGGGCAUUCUAUACGAAGAAAAAGCCAAGCUUCAAAAAGUGGCACAUCUUCACGGAUUCACACGAGCGUUUGUAGUUCAAAAGUCUAACUUGAAUUCUCACGUACACACGCUUAUGCAUGUAGGCAAGCAAACACACCUACUAUCUCUCUCUGACACAUUCACUUUCUCUCUCCCCCACUUUCUUUCAUAAACGAAAUGUCAAAGACUAUUACUUCUACUCCUACCGACACGUCCCUAGUAAAUUCAGCACAUCCCACUUCAAUUUAGCUCCUUUCUCAGAAAAAUCAUUCUUUUCUUUGUUGGGUCUCUUCCCAUUUUGUGGUUUUGGAUUGAAAACCAGACAUGUCUCUUGAGUCAGCUCAUGCUUCAGCUGACCACAAUAACGUAAGAGGAGUUCCCACUCAUGGUGGACGCUAUGUUCAGUACAAUAUCUAUGGCAACCUCUUUGAGGUAUCUAGGAAGUAUGUUCCUCCUAUUCGCCCUGUGGGAAGAGGGGCUUAUGGUAUUGUUUGUGCUGCUGUAAAUGCUGAGACACGUGAAGAAGUUGCCAUUAAGAAGGUUGGCAAUGCAUUUGACAACAGAAUAGAUGCCAAAAGGACCCUACGAGAAAUUAAACUUCUUCGGCACAUGGAUCAUGAAAAUGUGAUAGCCCUCAAAGACAUUAUACGACCACCGCAGAGGGAGAACUUCAAUGAUGUGUAUAUUGUUUAUGAGUUAAUGGAUACCGAUCUGCAUCAAAUAAUUCGGUCCAAUCAACCAUUGAAUGAUGACCAUUGUCGGUAUUUUCUGUAUCAGUUGUUACGAGGUCUCAAAUAUGUACACUCAGCAAAUGUUCUGCACCGUGAUCUAAAGCCUAGCAACUUGCUCCUGAAUGCCAACUGUGAUCUUAAGAUUGCAGACUUUGGUCUUGCUAGAACUACGUCUGAAAAUGAUUUCAUGACUGAAUAUGUGGUUACCAGAUGGUACCGAGCUCCAGAAUUGCUUCUUAAUUGUUCCGAAUAUACUGCUGCCAUUGAUAUAUGGUCUGUUGGUUGCAUCCUUGGUGAAAUCAUAACAAGACAACCCCUAUUUCCUGGGAGAGAUUAUGUUCAUCAGCUCAGACUGAUUACAGAGCUCAUAGGUUCACCUGAUGACACUAGCCUUGGAUUUCUAAGAAGUGAUAAUGCUCGGAGAUAUGUAAGACAGCUUCCACAAUAUCCAAGGCAACAGUUUGCUGCUAGAUUUCCGAACAUGUCUCCUGGUGCUGUUGAUUUGUUAGAAAGGAUGCUUGUAUUUGAUCCAAACAGGCGCAUUACAGUUAAUGAGGCUCUGGGCCACCCAUACUUGGCACCUCUUCAUGAUAUUAAUGAGGAACCUGUUUGCGCUAUACCUUUCAGUUUUGAUUUUGAGCAACCAUCUUUCACUGAAGAAGAUAUCAAGGAACUCAUCUGGAGAGAAUCUGUGAAGUUUAAUCCCGAUCCACCUAUUUAUUGAGAUUUUACCUUUACUAUUGUAUGUGCAUAGUGAGAUGAUGAUGACUGAUUAACAACACUACUUGGGAGUUGUCAAUUCUCUACAAAAGUAUUAAACAUAUUGGAUAUAUUGAGAUUUUUUGGUAAAUUGUAUUUGGAUUUAAUGAGGCUGUUGUGACGUUGUCUUUCAUUUGAUUAUUAUUUACAUUCUUGGAUAACUAUAUUUUUGAGAUGUACUGUUGGAAUGAUCAGAAGACAAGCUGCACACUCGAAGAUUUCAGCAGUAAUUCUAAUAUCCAUGGGCUCUGACUUGGUGUAUUUCUAUCCUUCAGACUAGGUAAAACAAUUUGGUGCAGUUAACUGAUGCUGCCAGUUUCUCUAUCCUUUAGAAUUUAGACACACAAAUAUUACAAGAGGAAAACUUUCAUUUGUUGGGACAGACAUUAUCCCCUUGUAUGACAUAAAAUGUAAUGGUUUGUUAGUGUUUGAAAAUGUUUUCAGAAAAUACCUUGAGUUGCUCACCUUCCAUGAUCACUCUUAUAGUCUUCUCAGUUUUGUGCUUGAUUUGAACGAAUCUGUAUGGGAUACUCAUAUCAAGACUUUAACCAGAAAUUUUUUUACUAAUAUUAGCUUUGGGAAUUUUAGCAGCAUCAAGCCAUCAAGUUCCAUAAAAUAGGGAAGAAAAAGAAAAUUGUUUCAUUACUAUAACCUGAAACACCACUCAUUUCUCAACUUGAGAAAUGCUUUCUGGACAAUGUAAGAAAGACUUCCUAUAUAGAUCAUCUACAUAGACUAUUAAAUCCCAACAUAUGUCAUGCUGUAAGUACAUCUCUUAAGCUCCAACAUAUCAAUAGGUAGACUAUCUGCUGGGAAAUCACAUGAUGUGAUCUUCUCUGGUCCCUGAUCAGGUAACAAACCACAAGGUGGAGGGGUCACCCCACUUGUGAUCCCUUCAAUGUCAGUGCAUGUCCAUGGCUGUUUCUUGGCCUUGGCUGCCAUCCCUAGUGUCACAUUUGCAAUGCAGAUUCCAGUAAACGGAUCAUUGGAGAUUCCUUCAAACCUUGCAGCUAUGGUCACAUUUUCAGCCACCAUAUCUCUAUAGUUGAUGUUUUUUAUCUCAGGCAAGGCAUUUGGGUCAUAGUGGCUAUCAGCAUGAGAAUUAUAAUCACCGGUCAUCUUAAAUGCCCACUUCAUAUUAUGCAUAGUCAUUCCCUUCACAUAUAUGUCCUUCACAUACCCUCCUCUACCUGCUGCUGUUUUGAUUCUGAUCCCUGAUUCUGUUUGGAUGGCUGUGAUGUCCUCAGCUCUCACAUCUUGGAUUCCACCUGACAUCUCACUUCCCAAGGCAAUGGUUGCACUGUAUGGUGAAAUGCAUGUUAAUCUUCUGAUCACUAGUUGUUUGGUGGGCCACCCAAACUUAAUGCCAUACUCAUCCCAUCCACUCUUGACAGCCACACAAUCAUCCCCAGAAACUAUAUAGCAGUCUUCAAUUCUUACAUUUGUGCAAGAAUCUGAUAGGAAAAUGAAGAAAGAAAAUGAGACCCAGCUAAAAUAUUUGUUUCAAUCCAAACCUCAAAUCUUAUUUUUUGGUCACGUUGUAUCAAAUACUUGCUUGCCAUGCCAUAUAUUUAAUUAUUUAUUUAAUUCC